UAAGCUCAACAGGUGCCUUCAGUCGUAGUUCUGCAUUCGUGAGUUUAACACUAACUCAACAACAAAACUAAAAAAAAACUUAAUAGUUAGUCUCAUUUUGGGUGAAUUUUAACAAAACAUCCGCCCGUAAAGUGUGAAACUAUUUAAAAAGUUUUGAAUAAAUUUAUAAUUAUAACAACAUGACGAGGAUUGUACUUAAUUUUGGAUUGUGUCUGGCACUUUGUGGAGCCUUAGCUCAAGCCCUUUCUUCCGGCUGCUCUAGCACCAAUAAGACCGAACGUUUUGCAGUUCCCGGACAAUGCGACGCUUACAUCGAAUGCGUCCAUGGUCAGCAAGUAGAGAUGCUUUGCCCAGAUGGUUUGCUUUUCAAUGAAAAGAGCAGUGGUUAUCCUUGCGGCUAUCCAAUUGAUGUUCAAUGUGAACAGAGAACUAAAACUCAAAAUGCCCAACCAACCGACGAUUGCCCACAUCAAUUUGGUUACUAUCGUAUUGGUGACAAAAGCAACUGUGGUACCUUUAAGAACUGUGCUUCCGGUGUUGCUCAUGUUCUAGAAUGCCCUGAAGGUUUGGCAUGGAACGCAGAAACAUACCAAUGCGAUUGGCCAGAUCUAGUUGCUGAUUGUGAUGCAGAAGCUUAUUUGGGUUUCAAGUGUCCCCAAAUUGCCAAGUCAAACUUAUUGGGUGACGAAGAAUACCGUUUCUAUAUUUCACCAAGUGAUUGCUCCAAAUACUUCAUCUGUAUCAAUGGACAACCAAGAAUAAACAGCUGUGGAGAGGGUUACGGAUUCAAUCCCGAAAUCAAUGCUUGUGAUGGUCUUGAGAAUAUCACUUGCAGUGGAUCGGUCAGAAAUGCUGUUAAGCCAGAGAAAUUCAAUGCUGAACCUCAAAGACCCCAAGCAAAUAACUAUCAAUCAGGAAAUAGUUAUCAACAACCAGCUCAAGCUCAAAGACCUGCCUUCCAACAACAACCCCAGAGAGGCGGUGGUGCUUACAAUCAAGGAUCAUACCAACAAAAACCAUUCCAACAGCAAUCUUUCCAGAACGCCGGACGUCCAAACAACUAUGGAUAGACUUUUGAUGUCUUGAAGCUUUUUUUGAAGUUUUUGUUUUAAAUUAAUUUGUUGUUUAUUGUAAUUUUUAAUUUCUGUGUGUGUUUUUAUCUGUAUCUAGUCUUUGGAAGCCAUAAUUCAAUAAAUACUUUUAAUUUGCUUCGAAUUCUUGUCUUUCUAUUCUACCAAACCUCUCUUAAACCUUAAAGUGGAACAAAUCUGAAGAA